AUGGCGCGGCGUCGCCGGCCCCCGCGCGCCGGUGCGCUCACGGAGCUCCCGCCGCUCAAGAUCAUCUCCCAGAUGGCGAUCCUGCAGGUGGGCUACUACGCCGCGGCACUGGUCCUCAUGGUGUUUACGGCGCUCGUCUAUGGCAAAAAGUUCUCGAUGGAGUGGUUGUUUGGGUGGGAGCCCGUGCGAGGGGACACGACAAUGGGGUGGCUGAUGGCUUUCACAUGGCUGGUUGACGGGGCAUUGGUUGUUUCACUCGGCCUGACGCUUGUCGUCGCCCGCUCCAAGCUCGUCCCGGACUUUGCAGUGUCCCUCCACGUCGUCCACCUCAUCGUAACAACGUUCUACACGGGGCGGGUGCCGCGCAGCCCCUUUUGGUGGCUUACCAUGGCUGCGUCGAGCGCUGCGGCCGUCGGGUUGGGCAUGUGGGGAUGUCAGUACCGCGAGCUGCGGCCCAUGUUCUUUGGAGGAGGGCGGUCGUCGGGCAAUUCAUCCGGCGGCGGGAACGGCGAGGGAAGCAGCAAUGCCGGGCGUGGCGCGGAUGGUCGCGAGGACGAAGAGCAGGGGUUCUCCAGGGGUAGAGGUCGCGGGAGGGGCCGGGACAGUAGAGGAGAGUACGAAAUGAUGAAGAUGAACGGGAAUACGGAUUAA